UUACCUUUUAUGUUUUUGGUUUCUUGAAAAUCCGAUUUUGGAAGUAUUCUGAAGUGGAAGCGCUUUGAAGGGCUACAUCAGAAUAGAAGUGCUUUUACAAGUUGAGUGUCGAUAGAUAGAGACAGGGUUUUGUUUUGUUACUCUCUUAUCUUGAUUCUUGCGUCUUCGUCUCUUCGUUGCUUGAGGGGCUUUAAAUAAUGUUAGAAAACAGCGAGCGACAAAGGUCAUCUGUAAAACUAAAGCUUUCACGACAUUUUCUUUUGGUCGCGUCUGCUUUGUUAAUUGCUUCUUGUUCUCUUCCAAUGGCUGCUGCUCUUCUCUUUUCAAUGGCUCCAAACAAUCUGAUAUCGCGAUAGCUACUAGCCCAAAAGGAUUGGACUCAGCCCAUUUGGAAAAGCAAAGGAGCUUGAUUGCCCAAAAGGCCCAAAUUCCUACGACCCUUCUCUUGGCAGUAGUUGGCGGCUUGUCUAUGACUUACAACCUCCACAUUUCUUUAUUGUCACUCUCUUUUCUCGCUUCGUCUGCCAUGGCUACCACUCUCUCAAGCUCUCGGCUACUUUUACAGACUCGGCGAGAGUUUCCUUCGAACGACCUCCCUUGUACCCGUUGUCUAAGAAAUGGGAAGGCAAAGUUGAAAUUCGAUAGAGCAGAAUUGUGGGGCAAGGGACUGAAGAAAGUUGGGGAAAAGUCGAGAAAGUUCAUUCUAUUCAACUACGGAAAUGGCGCUGUGGACGUAGAGGAAGAGGAAGAGGAUUAUAACUCCAUAGAGGAUAAGCAGUUUGUGCGGUGGUUUAGGGAGGCUUGGCCUUACUUAUGGGCACAUAGAGGAGGCACUUUCGUUGUGAUGAUUUCUGGGGAAAUUGUAUCUAGCUCUAACUUAGAUCUUAUUCUAAAGGAUAUUGCGUUUCUACAUCACCUUGGAAUCAGGUUCAUUCUUGUUCCAGGAACCCACGUUUUAAUUGACAGACUUUUGGCAGAGAGAGGAAGCAAGCCGAAUUUUGUCGGUCAAUAUAGGGUGACUGACAACCAAUCUCUAGCAGCUGCAAUGGAAGCAGCUGGAGGAAUCCGUGUGAUGAUAGAGGCAAAGCUUUCCCCCGGACCUUCUAUCUGCAAUAUUCGUAGACAUGGUGACAGUAGACGAUGGCAUGAAGUUGGUGUAAGCGUUGUUAGUGGCAACUUUCUUGCUGCUAAGAGAAGGGGAGUUGUUGAUGGUGUUGAUUAUGGAGCAACGGGUGAAGUUAAGAAAGUAGACGUAGCUCGUAUGCGCGAGAGGCUUGAUGGUGGUUGUAUAGUGAUAUUGAGCAACCUUGGUUAUUCUAGUUCUGGCGAAGUUCUGAAUUGCAAUACAUAUGAGGUUGCAACAGCAUGCGCCUUGGCUAUUGGAGCUGACAAGCUUAUAUGCAUCAUUGAUGGUCCUAUUCUUGAUGAAACUGGACGCCACAUCAGUUUUCUCACUCUUCAAGAAGCAGACAAGUUGAUUCGUGAAAGGGCUAAGCAGUGUGAGAUAGCUGCAAAUUAUGUGAAAGUUGUUGGCAAGGAAGGUUUCACUCAUUCAAAUCAUUAUAUAAAUGACGAUUCAAAUGGGGGUAUCCAUUCACAGAAUGGAAAGGCUUCUUUGGAAGAUCAUACUUCAACAUUCCAGAAUGGCGUUGGUUUCAGUUCCCAUCAUACUCCAACGUUCCCGAACGGAGUAGGUUUUGGCUCCCAUCACGUCCCAGUAUUCCAAAAUGGAGUUGGUUUUGGUCAUGGGAGCGGGCUUUGGUCCUCCGAACAGGGUUUUCCCAUUGGAGGUGAGCGGAAUAGCCAUUUGAAUGGUUACCUCUCAGAAUUGGCUGCUGCAGCUUUCGUUUGCCGGGGUGGUGUUCAAAGAGUGCAUUUGCUAGAUGGCACUAUUGGAGGAGUUUUAUUGCUGGAAUUGUUUAAAAGAGAUGGAAUGGGCACAAUGGUAGCCAGUGAUCUUUAUGAGGGAACACGAAUGGCCAACGUGUCUGAUGUUCGUGGAAUUAGACAAAUUAUACAACCUUUAGAAAUGGCUGGUACCUUGGUUCCGAGAACUGAUGAAGAGCUACUUGACUCAUUGGACUCGUUUGUGGUCGUUGAGAGAGAAGGUCAAAUCAUUGCAUGUGCUGCUCUUUUCCCUUUCUUUGAAGAGAGAUGUGGAGAGAUUGCUGCCAUUGCAGUUUCUGCAGAGUGCCGAGGACAAGGGCAAGGCGACAAAUUGCUUGAUUACAUGGAAAGGAAGGCCGCCUCCCUAGGACUGGAUAGGCUUUUUCUGCUGACAACACGAACUGCAGACUGGUUUGUGAGGCGUGGUUUCUCAGAAUGUUCAUUUGAAUCAAUACCUGAAAAGAGGAGAAGAAGGAUAAAUCUAUCCCGGAAAUCCAAGUACUACAUGAAGAAGCUAUUGCCAGAUAGGAACCGGAUUGGUAGUGUCGAUAGGGCGUUGGGUUGAGGCUUGAUUGAGCAUUGAAAUAUGUCAUGAUCAUAAGAAAGCAAAACUUCCUCUUGGCUACCCGGUUCUUGUUUUAUCCUGUAUCCAUGUCGGUCAUCAUGUCGUCCAACCUUGUGGGUUAUCGUUCAUGUUUGUUUGUGAAGAUCUGUAUCUGUUCUGCUAAAAUGAAGUUGAUUACAGGUCACACUAUAAUUUUGAUUGUCUGCUUCAUAUCAAUACAGCGCUAUGCAGUGUAUAUUCAUGAGA